GUCAUUAUAUGAAAAUUCCUCCGAGAAGCAUGUUCACAUCACAAAUAUGGGGUACAUUUGUUGGUGUAAUUGUAAAUUAUUGGACGUUAUAUAUUAUACUUCAAACGAAAAGAUCCUACCUUGAUGGUACAGAAAAUGAUCCAUCUGGUCAAUGGGCUGGUCUUAAUUCAGCAGUAUUCAAUACUGCAUCUAUAAUAUGGGGAUUAAUUGGACCGGCAAGAACUUUCGGUCCUGACUCAAUUUAUCAUAUUCUCCUUUGGGGCUUCCUAAUUGGUGGCUUUUUACCAAUACCAUUUUAUUUGCUUCAUCUAAAAUUUCCAAAGGCAAAAUUUAAUCUU